UGGUAAAACCAUUUAAGAAAAAGGGUAGAAGAAGAAACAAGGAAACGUGAAAGUAAAGGGUGUUUGGGUGCGUGCUCUUUUCUGAUUGAGCACCAAACAUUAGGAAGCACACUUUAAUAUGGAAAUGAAACAGAAUUGAUCAUAAUGAUGAUAAAUGAGAACAGAAUUACAGUAAUCCCUACCAAAAAUAAGUCUAAAUCAUGUAGUAACGACGACUAACAAAGUUGGAAGCUUGUCCACGAAAGCCAAGUGUCUGCUUGAAAUCAUAAAAUAAUAAAAAAAGAGAAAGAAACAAAGGAACAUUGUCCUACACAUAUCAACAUCAAGGCUGAGCAUCCACCUGUCCAGACUCUAAAAACCCAUACGGCUCCCUCCCACAGUCCCACUACUCUCUCCUGCCAAGUCCCAACCCGAAAAGAAGAAAGAAUUCAACCAAUAAUCUUCCAUAAUUCUGCUGCUACAGCCAACACAACCCCAUUGUUAGUCUGUCCUUUGACGGCAGCCAUAAACGCGUCCUCCCACCCCUUUUCUACCUCCCAAAAAAUGCAAAAAGAAAAAUAAAUAAAUAAAUAAAAAAAAACCCUGUCGGUACUUGGUUCCAGAUCUACACUCUCCCAAGUACUCCCUGGAUGGGAUAGCCAGCUCCCAUAGCAAAAGAACCUCACCCUGGACGCCAGAUCUAUCGUUAUUCUUUUCCUUGUUGGCUUCUUCUUCUUCUUCCAUUUUUCUUUUACUUGUAACUAUUAGUUUCAGCCCUUUUUAUUUUUCUUUCUUGGGUUUUCUUUUGGAUUCUGAAAAGAUAUGGAUUCUGAGCAACGUCGGAAGCGGAAGAGAAUCUACAGGCCGUACUCGCACGCUCAGUUUUUGUCUGUAAGGUCGUUAAUCUUGUGCUUGUCUUUCUUAGUUUUCCUUUUGUUCUUGUCUUCGGACAGGUUUCCAAUUCGGACCGUGUCCUUUCACCCAGUUCUCAGCGUCCCACAUUUUUCAAUCCUGUCAAAAAGUUCCCUUCAGGAUUCUUUUCAUGGUAAAUUACGAUUACCCUUGAGAGUAGAAGAUCGAGUCUUGUUCCCUGAUCACUUGCUCUUGCUUGUGUCCAGCAAGAUUAAUCAAGCUGACAAGUUGGACUGUGUUUACUACAAGGUUUUAAAUGAUUCUCGUGAAAUGAUUGCGGAGGAGACUGUUCAGCAGGGGGUUUUGUCUAUUGAUGAAUACGAUGGGUUUAGAUCGAUUGUUAGGUGCCCUCUCCCGCCUCUGAAUUAUUCGGCUGCUGUGGAUUUGAGGCGGCGUGGACAUGGGGUUGCGUAUGAUUGGUCUUUCAGAAUUAAUCAAACGGUUCAUUCAUGGGAUAGAAUGGUUUAUGAAGCUGCAAUUGAUGGGAAAACGGCCGUUGUUUUUGUUAAAGGGUUGAAUCUUCGACCCCAUAAAGAAUCCGAUCCUGCCCAGUUCAGGUGCCAGUUUGGUUUGCGAAAUUGGGAUAAAGGUGGAGGAUUCGUGCUAAUGACUGAAGCAGUAGCGGCUGCACAAGAGGUUGUUCGGUGUUUCUUGCCGAGGAGUAUAAGAAAUAAUCCGGAUAAGGGUCAGGGAAUUCGAGUUACUGUUGUCCAUGUUGGUGAGAGUGAUGCCGAACGUGAGCCUAUGCCGUCCGUGCUUAAAAUUCACAAUUCCAGACCCUAUGAGCACAGGAGGAAUCACAGAGGGCAAAAGGAGGAUAUGCCAAUGCCUUCCGUGGCUAGACUUUACAAUUCAAAGUCCUACCAGAAGAAAAGGAAGCGGGGAAAGUAUGAGCUCUGCGUUUGCACUAUGCUAUGGAACCAGGCCCCGGCACUGCGGGAGUGGAUUAUGUACCAUGCCUGGCUAGGGGUUGAACGCUGGUUUAUUUAUGACAAUAAUAGUGACGAUGGAAUUCAAGAAGAAAUUGAAGAGCUUGAUUUUCGAGACUAUAAUGUCAGCAGGCAUACCUGGCCAUGGAUUAAAACCCAAGAGGCAGGGUUUUCACACUGUGCUUUGAGAGCAAGAAAUGAGUGCAAAUGGGUAGGAUUCUUUGAUGUUGAUGAAUUCUACUACUUCCCUCGUCAUCACCGGCGAGCUUUACUGGGUCAAAAUUUACUAAGAUCCCUGGUUGCAAAUUACUCCUCAUCAAGGACAAUUGCAGAAAUAAGAACAGCUUGCCACAGCUUUGGGCCAUCUGGGUUGAGCUCACCUCCGUCACAAGGAGUAACUGUAGGUUACACUUGCCGGCUUCAAAGCCCUGAGCGACACAAAUCUAUUGUGCGCCCUGAUUUGCUCAAAGACACUCUUCUCAAUGUGGUGCACCACUUCCAGCUGAGAAAGGGAUUCAAGUACCUUAAUGUGCCUGAAAGUUCCAUCAUAAUAAACCACUACAAGUACCAGGUGUGGGAGACCUUUAGAGCAAAGUUCUUCAGAAGGGUUGCAACCUAUGUUGUUGACUGGCAAGAGAACCAAAACCAGGGGUCAAAGGACAGAGCGCCUGGGCUAGGAACUGAGGCAAUUGAACCACCCAAUUGGCGACUACAGUUCUGUGAAGUCUGGGACACUGGUCUGAGGGACUUUGUCCUGGCAAAUUUCGCUAAUCCUGCCACUGGAGGCUUACCCUGGGAGAAGGCUCUUCUGUAACCAGUACCAAAAUUGCUUGCUUCCAGCUUGACCCCCGUGUAAAACAGAGUAAUGACACCAGCCGAAAUUCAUUCUUUUCAUUGUUUUUUGCAUUUUUAUCUGAUUUUUUUCAUAGAUAGGAGAUCAAUUGAUUAUAGGGUUCUUACACAGUUGUAAAUUUUGUGACAAUGAAUAACAUUUUUUUUAUCUCUUUCUAUACUAAUGAAUGAGUUAUUAAUGAUUCUACCUGUA